GUCUUUCCCUUACUGCCUUGCUAAUCAUUCCCUUGCCUCUCGUUAAUUGAACUUUAUAGGUUCCAUUGUCCUUUUCAUCCUGAUUCAUGUAAAUCUGCAUCCUUCAUUGCCUAGUGUGGACCUGUUGCAGAUUUCUAGUCAGAAUCAGUGCCUUCAGUGACAUUCUAGGGUAAGAUUGGCAUACAAAAACCAUGUAAAUCUGUGCCCUCAUAGAUUCUCCCCGGCUAGUAAUCCGUCCUCGUCCUCGUGGUGGUUUUUCAAGUAACUUUUCCUUGAGUCUUCCCUACCUGAAUAGUCUCUCCAAAUCCGUAAAAGCUCGAUCUUUUCUACUUUAGUUUCAGUUUCACCAUUCCAAAGAAAGACAACCAAAUGCUCCAAGAGCAGCAGCCGGUUUCUUUCUCACUCCAGCGUAACUCCCUAAGACGCCGGUCCCUGAGGUCAGGUGCUGACCGAGACGACAGAGGCUGGACUCUACUCCACGUCAAAGCCCGGAAGGGCGAUCUCAAAGCUGUGAAAGAGCUCCUCGACCAGGGGAUGGACGUGAACGCACCUGCCUGGGGACCCAAAUCAAAAGGAGGGGUGACCCCUCUUCACCUCGCUGCCAAAGGAGGGCACAUCCAAGUCAUGGAUGAGCUUCUCGACCGUGGGGCCAACAUCGAUGCCAGAACCUGGGGGGCCUGCGGCUGGACGCCGCUCCAUGCCGCGGCCUAUGAACGGAAGAGAGAAGCAGUGAAGUUUCUGGUGGAGAAUGGCGCUUUCUUGCCUGAUGAUAUAAGCGACUGCAGGUUCAAUCCGCCGCUGCAUUAUUGUCCUGGUCUUGAAUGGGCUUACGAAGAGUUGAAGAAACUCAAAGAGUCAACGACUUCUUCUUCAUCAUCAUCAUCUUGUGGAGACACUUCUUUCAGUUCUGGGAGCUUAUGAUCUUGUCUGACUGUUGCCCCUCUUGAAGCUGUUUCAGAGUCAGACACUUGUCCGAAUAUGUUUUUUUUUGUUUUGUUAUUUGGUCUUUCUACAAACCUGUGGUGGUUGGUCUUGUCAUGUUACAUUGGUUGGUUAUUAUAGAACACUGUUAUCUAA